AUGACUGUCUUUCCGAGCCCUUCCCCCCAGAGUCAGUGGAGCAGAGACAGCAAUCGGCUGCCCGGCGCUCCCUGCAAAUCGGCACAAUGGCUCCAAAACUUCAUCAAAGCUGUGGACAGCAGGAGGGAUGACGACUCUCUCCACCCCGUUGUGCAAGAUCUCAAAGAUCUCGUGGAAAGCAGGCCCAGCCUCCGUAUGUGGGCAUCGGCCAUGUUCGAUGAGAUCCCCAACAAGGUUCCAUACAACGAGGCCCCAGUCGAUGGGAAUCUCGUCCGGGGCCAUCGACACAUGCUCAAGUUGUUCAGUGUCAUCGUCGUGGAAGUUGCCCCGACCUGGAACAUGGCUAACGGUGGGCAUGGGCUAGUUGGGCUCCCAUUCCAAGCUAUUUUGGACUGGCCCAUGGGAACACCAAGCGGGCAUGCCUUCUUCUUGAGCCAAGACGUAAACGAGAGGAUGAAAGUCAUACUCGACACCUGGAGAGAUGGUGUGUUGAAGACGAGCAAGUCGCAAUACGUUGUUACGACCGACGACGGGGGCUGGCUCGGCAAUGAGGCCCUCAUGGCCAUUGAGAAGGACGCCAAUUUGGACAGCGAGCAAUGGCACACGUUUCAAGAGUUGUUUGAAUGCGACCCUGAAAAAGACCCAAUUCACUGGGGAUUUGGUUCGUGGGACAUGUUUUUCGUGAGGAAAUUCAAGGAUAUUGACAAGCUUCGUCCAAUUGCGUAUCCAGACCAUCCAGAGUGGGUGGUAAAUGCUUGCGAGUCCAGGCCGAUCAUGGUCCGGUCCGGCAUCAGGGAGUAUGACAGGUUCUGGCUCAAGGGCCAGAAUUAUUCCGUCCGGGAAAUGUUGAAUCACAACGUCCUGGCAGCCGACUUCGUUGGCGGCACGGCGUAUCAAGCUCUCUUGAUGUUGACGUCAUAUCAUCGCUGGGCGUCUCCCGUGUCGGGGCACGUUGUCCAUGCCGAGAUUGUGAGCGGGACUUACUUCUCGGAGCGUCAAGCGAACGGGCUUUUCAGCAGCCCAGUAGGACCGCCCGAGUAUAACCAAGUCUAUAUGAGUCACGUUGCCACGCGGGCCAUCAUCUAUAUCAAGGCGCCAGACCCGGUCGGGUUGAUGUGCCUGAUUGCCAUAGGGACCGCGGAUGUGUCGACAUGCGAAAUCAGCAGCAAGUUUGCCGCCGCUUGGCCACAGCCCGUGAAGAAGGGAGAGGAAAUCGGCAUGUUUCAUUAUGGAGGUUCGAGCCUAUGUCUCCUCUUCCGCAGGGGAGUUCGACUGGCAUGGGUCGAGUCGGCGAUUCCCGGCAAUUCGGGGCGGAACCUUGCAGUCCGCAGUGCGCUGGCAGUUGCUUAUUAUGCAGCGUAA